AUGUCAGCUCACAGCGCUCAGCUCAAGAAAAAGCGCAAAGCUGACGAAGUCUCUGCAUCGACGACCCUCAAGAUUCGUCGUCCGAAGACAAGCGACGCCGAUCAAGCUGUCAACAAAACAAGUUCAGACUCUGUGGUUAAUGUCUCCAAUUCAGCUAUUAUGGAUCGUAUUCACGCUGUCCAAGCGUUCAUCGAGCGAGAAUGUGCCGCUCAACAACAAGCUGAUGCUGGAAUGGAAGAUCUCACAGACUCAGCUUUUCAACCCGUGUCGGCGCCCCCUUCGGUUCGGGCAUUCCGCCCCAUCCAAUCGGACAACAACGAUACCCAUUUCUGGUCCAAUCAUCCAUUUGCAAGACUUGGAAGGCAAUCUUGUUUCCGCCGGCGUGUAGGUCGUGGAGGGAGAGUAUUUUUGGACCGCCGACCUGUUGUGGCUAGUCCUGCUCCCGCGAACAUUGGGGCCUGGCCACGACAGCAUCAAAAUGGAUUCCCACUAGCCACGUUUGGUUAUGGCCGUCAGCCCGAAUCAGGCGCACGUCGAAACGAUGGGACAGGGCGCUCAACGGCUAGUGUAGAUGCACUACGGUCGUAUGCACCUUUUGUGUAUUCAGCACAGGUUGCCCCAAUGCUUUUGCCUACACCCGAUCUUUCGUGGGAUCCCUUAACAUCGAAAGAUCCCCGAGCACCCUUAUCUCACGACCCAUCUAUUCACUUUGGGCAUCUCGAUGAUCGCAGCAGCACGUUCAAUGCGACGCAAAACAGUGAUGGUGCCAGCACGUCUUCAGAGUCCACUGACCGUACUAGGGUCUCAGAGGAUUCUGGUGAUGGACAAAGCACGCAAGCCACCGACAUCGAACAAGAUAAUAUGCACGAAGACAAGCUGCAGGCUGAUACGAUAUCGGAAUCGAAGCCUGAAGAAUCAGUUGAGGAACAAAUGGAGCGCGCGCAGAAGCUAGCUGAACGAUGGCGAUACGAUGAAGAUGGUGGACGCUGGGCAGGACUAGGUCUGCUUGGCUUGGGUGGCAUGGAAGGAGAUGAAGAGGCCGUGCUAGAUGACUUUGACCAACGCUUCAUCCGAUACCGCAUGUCGCUUCUUGAUGAAUCCAACUUGUUGAAACUCUCGACCGAUUGGACUUACAUGCGACAAGCGCUUUUGGCUGCUGCUGUAUCAAGCCAGCCAGCACUCACGACUCCAACAUUACCCGCCAAUGAAUCAAAUGGUAACAAACCAGAUGGAGAGGGCGCUGCUAUAUUGAAGAGCAAUAAUUCUAGUUCCGCGGCAGUGCCUGCAAAGGCAGACUCCACAAAUCAAGCGAAGUGA